CGGCGUUUCUCCUCCUGAUUGGUAGGUUCAGACAGCAACGUGAGGGAAGGUGAAGGAGUUUAUUCCCGCAACAACACCAGUUAAAGUCAACAUGGAAGACUAUUUACGUAUAGAGAAGCUUGGUGAAGGGACGUAUGGGGUGGUAUAUAAAGCCAAGAACCGCAAGACGGGGAAGUUUGUGGCCAUGAAGAAGAUCAGAUUGGAAAACGAGGAGGAAGGCGUACCAUCAACUGCCAUCCGAGAAAUAUCCCUGUUGAAAGAACUCCAACAUCCCAAUAUUGUCUUGUUGGAAGAUGUGCUCAUGCAAGAGAGUAAACUUUUCCUGGUGUUCGAGUUCCUCAACAUGGACCUAAAGAAGUAUGUAGAUUCGUUUGAUUCUGGCCGGUACCUGGACAAAAAGCUCGUCAAAUCCUACUGUUAUCAGCUGUUCCAAGGUAUCCUGUACUGUCAUCAGCGGCGGGUACUACACAGAGACCUUAAGCCUCAGAACCUCCUCAUUAAUGAACAAGGAGUCAUCAAGAUUGCUGACUUUGGAUUAGCCAGAGCUUUUGGUAUCCCUAUUAGGGUUUACACUCAUGAGGUGGUCACUUUGUGGUACAGAGCUCCUGAGGUUCUUCUGGGGUCUUCUCGUUACUCCUGCCCUGUUGAUGUUUGGUCUUUGGGUUGCAUAUUUGCCGAGAUGAUGACAAAGCGCCCACUCUUCCACGGGGACUCAGAGAUUGACCAGCUGUUUAGAAUAUUCAGAACUCUAACGACCCCAACAGAAGACAACUGGCCAGGGGUCACCCAGCUGCAGGAUUACAAGGCAAAUUUCCCCAAGUGGACUGAUUACAAUCUAGCAAAUUCAGUUAAACAGAUGGAUGCUGAUGGUUUAGAUUUGUUGUCUAAAACCUUGAUCUACGACCCAACACAGAGGAUCUCUGCAAAAGAGGCCCUGAAACAUCCAUACUUUGACGACCUAGACAAGUCUGCUCUUCCAGCCACAAACUGAUCUUUGUGUGGAUGGGGACAGCUCAAUGGACCUAAAGUACACUAAAAAGGUUGACUUAUAUUGGUCUUCUUAGAUGUUUCUUUCUUUCAUUCUUGAAUUAUUUAAAUACAUUUUUUUUUUUUUUUUUUUUUUUGCCACUCACACAUUUACAAUUUCUGUAUAUCUUUAUAUGGCUUAUCCUGUUUAAUUACAGAGGCUAAAUUACCUGAGAAUGGUAGAUAUCUUUCCCUCGUAGACUGGCGGGAGAGUACGCACACUAUUAUUAAUAUUCACCAAUCCUUGAACCUAAUUCACCCUUCACAAUUAGAUUUUGGCACUUGCCAUUCUUUUUCUUUAUUGGGUCAGUAUACAGAGGUUAAGUUCAGGCAACCCAGGCAUUGUCACCUGGUUAAAUCCUAAAUGUUCAUGCCAAAGGAAAUUUUAUUUGUUCAGUGAGGAUGUUAAACAAUUGCAUUAAGAGGGAUGAGGUUAUUGGGAAUAAUUAUGUGAAUAUUUUAAUUUCCAAGAAAAUAAAUUUGUUCUUGUCAGCAAUUUCAGAGAAUCCCUAGGAACAGUUUCUAUCUUCGCCCUUAACCAGCAGCUAAGGAUUCCCUACUCCACCCCCAUAUGUCCAAAUAUCAGAAAUCAAGGAACAUCCACUCAUGGCUGCUGUUUAAGGGUUAAAACUGGAAGACUGGCAUCAGAUCUGAUAACAAUUGUAUAUCGUUCACAAGCUUUGGAUACGGUAAUUAGGAACUAGCAAUGUUUAAGGGGGAUGCAAUUAUCAUUUUCCAUCAGAUAUCUUUUGAUGUAGGUGGCACAGUAUAUUUGCUUAACUGUACUGUAGUUACUAAUCCCAUAUCUCUCGGGGCAUUAUUCACAUCUAAUUGAUACCUAUCCCCCAGUUUUGACCUUACUUUUAUAUACAAGUCCAACCUGAGCAAAGGUAUUGUAUAGUCUUUCUGGGAGAACCAUCUUGGUCAUACAAUCUCUUUAAAUGAGGAGUUCAGCUAUGAGGGGGAAAGGUAUUUACCAUUCUGAAGUAGUCCAGCUGCUGGGUGUUCUGUAUACAACCUAGCUGUUUACACCAAACCAUUUGUUCACUACAGGUCAUAAAAGGGUGAUUCAGGAUCAAUCUUUUUUUAUUUAUAUUUUUCUCAAGUUGGAUGAAUUUUUAGUGUUAAAAAUUUACCACAAACAGGACCCCCAAAACAUGUAAUUUACCUAUGGUUGACUAACAGAGCCUAAUGUAGCCCAAAACUACCUUAGGACAUUGGAUUACUUAAUGUUUGUACAGUAUGAUUUAUGGUCAAGUUGUCCUGUCUGGUACUUUGUAGUGGAAUUAAAACAACUUAAAGACUACUGUACCUUGCUUGCCUCUUAUUGUUGAAAACAGGAAUUGGUUAUUCCUAAUAGCACUUCACAGUAUGUAUGUGUGGAAAUGACGUAACCUGAUUUAUUUGGUUGUAAAAAGUUUAUACAAGUGUUUGAUAGGUUAUAUGAGCUAUUUGUUAACCAUUGCAUCUAUUGGAAUAUGAUGUAAAUUAUCUCAAUCUGCAGAUUUUUAUUUUCGUUGUGUAAAUGAAGGAAUAUUACUUGCAUACUGUGGUUUCUUCCUUGAAUCAUUUUAGUGGAAGGACGCAGAGGUGUGGAUGUUUAAAAAUGUAAACAAUAAAGUGAAGUUUUAAUAAUUGUACUAAUAGUCUGCAAAACUAAUCUUUCUUUACUGUCUGUCUUUCCCAAGAGUAACUCUAACUAAAUAUUAUAAUUUUAAGAUGAAAAUUUGAAAAGA